GGCGCCCAGCGGCGGGGCCUGAGCGCUGAGGGCCGAGGCGCAGCCACCGCCGCCUUCGCGGUCGCCGUCCGCCGGGCUCGUACCGAUACCGGCCGCCACCGCGGGAGACCGGCCGGCCGUCCUGGGCCGCGGGGAGCCGCCCACCAUGGCCACCAAGGCUCGGGUUAUGUAUGAUUUUGCUGCUGAACCUGGAAAUAAUGAACUGACAGUUAGUGAAGGAGAGAUCAUCACCAUUACAAACCCGGAUAUUGGUGGAGGAUGGCUGGAAGGAAGAAACAACAAAGGAGAACAAGGGCUUGUUCCCACAGACUAUGUGGAGAUUUUACCCAGUGAUGGAAAAGACCAAUUUUCUUGUGGGAAUUCUGUGGCUGACCAAGCCUUUCUCGAUUCCCUCUCAGCAAGUACAGCAGCACAAGCCAGUUCAUCCGCGGCCAGCAGUGCUAACCAGGCUGGUAGUAGUAAUGACCCCUGGUCAGCCUGGAACACCCCUAAAUCUGGGAACUGGGACAGCUCAGAUGGCUGGGGGGCCAAGCCAGAGGCAACUGGUACGCAGAGAAACACUUCCAACAACUGGGAUGCUGCCUUCGGCCACCCUCAGGCCUACCAAGGACCAGCAACUGGUGAUGACGAUGACUGGGACGAAGACUGGGAUGAGCCCAAGUCGUCUUACUUUAAGGAUUCGGAAGCGGCUGAUGCAAGCAGUGCCCAGCGAGGAAGCACACGGCCUGGUGCCUCGUCCAUGAAGCUGCCACUUAACAAGUUUCCUGGAUUUGCAAAACCUGGAAUGGAGCAAUAUUUGUUGGCCAAGCAACUAGCAAAACCCAAAGAGAAAAUUCCCAUCAUUGUUGGAGAUUAUGGCCCCAUGUGGGUUUAUCCUACCUCUACCUUUGACUGUGUGGUAGCAGAUCCUAGGAAAGGAUCCAAGAUGUAUGGUCUGAAGAGCUACAUUGAGUAUCAGCUGACACCCACUAACACUAAUCGAUCUGUAAACCACAGGUAUAAGCACUUUGACUGGUUAUAUGAACGUCUCCUAGUUAAGUUUGGGUCAGCCAUUCCAAUUCCUUCUCUUCCAGACAAGCAAGUCACAGGUCGCUUUGAAGAAGAAUUUAUCAAAAUGCGCAUGGAGAGGCUUCAGGCCUGGAUGACUAGGAUGUGCCGCCACCCAGUGGUCUCAGAAAGUGAGCUUUUCCAGCAGUUCCUGAACUUCCGAGACGAGAAGGAAUGGAAAACCGGAAAGAGGAAGGCAGAAAAAGAUGAGCUGGUGGGAGUUAUGAUAUUUUCCACCAUGGAACCAGAGGCACCUGACUUGGACCUAAUAGAAAUAGAACAGAAAUGUGAUGCUGUGGGGAAAUUCACCAAGGCCAUGGAUGACGGUGUGAAGGAGCUGCUGACCGUGGGGCAGGAGCACUGGAAGCGCUGCACUGGGCCACUACCCAAGGAAUACCAGAAGAUAGGAAAGGCGUUACAGGGCUUAGCAACGGUGUUUAGUUCUAGUGGUUACCAAGGUGAGACCGACCUCAACGAUGCAAUCACAGAAGCAGGAAAGACCUACGAGGAGAUUGCCACUCUUGUAGCAGAGCAGCCAAAGAAGGACCUUCACUUCCUGAUGGAGUGCAACCACGAGUACAAAGGCUUUCUUGGCUGCUUCCCAGACAUCAUUGGUGCUCACAAGGGAGCCAUAGAAAAGGUGAAGGAAAGUGACAAGCUAGUUGCAACGAGCAAAAUCACUCCACAGGACAAACAGACUAUGGUGAAGCGAGUGGGCACCAUGUCUUACGCUUUGCAAGCUGAGAUGAAUCACUUCCACAGUAACCGGAUCUACGACUACAACAGUGUCAUCCGCCUCUACCUGGAGCAGCAAGUACAGUUCUAUGAAACGAUCGCAGAGAAGCUGAGGCAGGCCCUCAGCCGCUUCCCCGUCAUGUAGAGCAGAGCAGACCAGACACGAAGAAACGCCCAAGUGCUUCUUUCUGACUUGGGACAAUGUCACUCAGUCAUCUUGUCUUCCUCCCUCUCAUGAAGAAAACCUGAAAGAAACAAACAGAAAGAAAACCAAAAACAAAAGAGGGUUUUCACAAAUGUUUUUCGUUGUUAGUGAAUUACGUCCACUGCUGAGGGAUGGUCAUCUCGUUAUUUAAACCAAUGGAAAUUGUCUCUAUUUUUGGAAGGACUUAAAUUUUUAGGAUUUUGAAUGGAGAAUUAGGGGAUGCCCUCCACCAAUAUUUUACAUAGAAUCGAAGCUUAUGUUACGGUGAUCUUAUAGUUGUUACCCAAUGUCAGAUAAUUAAUUACUAAUGGCUUUCUUAAAAUUAUAAACUAUGCCAGAAUAAAAAUAUAUAUGUUUGUAUAUUUUUAUAACUUUCGGUCCUUUGGGUUCCUGGCUGCUCAGGACAGUCGGCACCCUCCCAGGACACACCUGUCACCAAGUGCUCCUAUCUCGGGAGGGGGGAGCGCAGGGCCCCACGCCUGCGGGGUCCUGUGCCGCGCUGCUCUUCCAUGCAGUCAGCAUUGUCUUCCGGGUGAGGCUGAUUCAUACUAAAGAGAGUAAGUUAGAAACUUUUUGAGAGCUUCUCUGGCUUUGCCCUCCGAUGGACAGCCGUCCUGCCUCCUGUGCCCAUGAGCUGGAGAAGGACAGCUUCUUCAAGCUUCCAGCCUCCCGGGCCUGAUCUCCAGUUGCCCAUCAGCCAGGAGGAGGCAUGCUGCUGAUAACCUGGAGGUAUAAAGCAGCAGAUGAAAGCCAGAUGAAACCCCCCCAUACACAGACCAAGUGAGAACAUUCAGAACUACUGCAUUGAGUAGUGCCUGCACAACCUGCAGUAGCGUAAAGAGCAAAGUGAUACUUGUUCCGACUGUCCUGACUUUAAGAUGGGAUUUUCCGAUCCCAAUACACCCGCUAAUGGCACAGAGCACGCUGUAGGCUUGAAAUCUGCCCACUCACUGCCUCCCUCCUGCAGACCAGCCCCGCCUUCCACCACUGCCUUAUCACCUGACCUAAUGAUUAUAUUCUAGAGAAUGCAAAGUCUGGGCCCACAUAAGUAAAUGAAACCAAAAAAUAGGUAGAGGAGGAACUCAGUGAACACGAAUAGGAGAACUUCUUGUUCUUCAGUAUCACGGGUUUUGUUCAUGUUUUAUAAGUAGAUUUCCCCACUUGAUCUUUCUUUUAUAAAAUCCCAUAGAACAAUGUUUAUGAUACAGUCAUUUAAUAUAUGUACAAAUUGUAAAGAAUAUGUAUAUUUUACACGAAUGUAAAAGCAUGUAGAAGCCAACAUAUAAAUAAAUUGUUUAAAAAAACUGUACAGUAAAUUCUCAAAACACUUUUUCAAAACA